AUGUCGUUGUCGGUCUCACCAGUCUCUCCAACUCUCCGCACCGCAACAGGAGCAGGAACAGGAGCAGGAACAGCUCGAAUGCCCAGCUCAACUCCCGGCGAAGAUGGCGAACCAUCAGUAAAGAGAACUUCGAACUCACCCUCUGAUCCCCGACCCACCACCUCUGAAAGAGAAAAACCACGCCUGUCCGAGCAAGAGAAGAAGAACAACCACAUUGCCUCGGAACAGAAACGACGAGCGGCCAUACGAGAGGGAUUCGACAGAUUAACCGAGCUUGUUCCGGGCUUGACUGGCCAGGGCCGUAGCGAAGGGAUGGUGCUGCGAAAGACAGUGGACUUUAUGCAUCUCAAGGUCCAGGAACGAAAAGAUCUUAUCGAGGAGAUUGAGCGGAGGGGAGGCAGGGUCGACGACAGGCUGCGAAAUGUUAUGCACAUCACACGGUGA